AUGCUGAACCUGUUCAGGACAAACCGCGGUGCCAAGGUUGCAGCGGGACCCAGCGGCCUUCGAGUGCCUCUGGCGCCCGAUCUGCGCGUGCGGGCGCAGUCGCGCUACAGGGCGGCCGCAUGGCUGCUCUUUCUGCAGAUGGAGAAAACGCUGGGUCGCUUCCACAGGGUGCUCAACCUGCCCACCCUGCAGGACUCCCCGGCGACUUCCCCGAGCGGAUCUUCCACGGUCAUCAGCCUGCCCUGGACCAGCGGCGGCCGCGAGCAGGAGACGGCAGACCCGCUCGGAGACAGAGCGUUCCGCGCCUGCCUGGACGACGAAGGGCGACUGCUCAAGCCGCACGAGCUGCGUCUUGCAGUCUACAAGGGCGGUGUCGAGCCAUCCCUCAGGAAGGUCGUCUGGAAGCACAUACUGAAUGUGUACCCCGAAGGCCUGACAGGCCGCGAGCGGUUGGCGUACAUGCGCCGCAAAAGCGACCAGUACCUCCAGCUGCGCGCCGCCUGGAAGGCGCUCGUGGAAAAUUCGAGCUUCAGCGAUGACAUCCUACCGGUCAGUAGCAUGGUGCGCAAGGACGUUCUCCGUACCGACCGCUCGCACCCGUUCUACGAAGGCGCAGAUGACAACGCCAACGUCGUCUCGCUCUUCAACCUACUCACCACGUUCGCGCUCAACCAUCCGUCACUCUCCUACUGUCAGGGCAUGAGUGACCUCGCGUCACCUCUGCUGGUGGUGAUGCGUGACGAACCGCAAGCGUACGUGUGCUUCUGCGCGCUCAUGCGCCGCCUGGGGCCCAACUUCGACGAGGACGGCGAAGCUAUGACGCUCAAGUUCAAGCACCUCUCCGACCUGGUCGAGCAUUUCGAUUCGAUUUUCUUCAGGUACCUUGAGAAAUGCGGUGCCCAGGACUUGCUAUUCUGCUACCGCUGGCUACUGCUGGAGCUGAAGCGCGAGUUCUCCUUUGACGACGCAUUGCGCAUGCUCGAGGUACAGUGGAGCUCGCUUCCGCCUAUGCCACCCGAUGGCGAGCUGCCCCUGUUCGAGCGGCCCUACCAGAUGGCCACGCCAUGCGCGCUGCUGUCGACGCACACCGGUGCCAGCUCACAGAGCAAGCCGGACGUCAUUUGCCGACAGAGCCCGCCGUCGCCAGCCUCACCGUCGGCGUUCACUGUGCGUGAUGAAGGGUCGGCGAAUGCGGACGAGGACGAGGAGGAUGGCUGCAAGCCUGUCACCAUGUCCGUGUCACAAGAGCUGGGCACGGGGCGAAACAUCAUGAACGGCCGGCUGUGCGCCGAUGCGUGUCGUAACGGCUGCGGAGACAGCGCCGGAAAGUUUGCCUCUGACACAAAGGACACGCCCAAGGACCAUGCUAGCCGGGACCACGUGUUCCAUGAAGGCGGUGCUUCCUCCAGCGUGGCCUCUGCAGCAGACUUGGGCGCUGUGCCACGGACAAAUGUUUCGAGUUCCACUAAGAAAGGCCGCCGCCGAUGUGCCGCCAAGAUGCGGCUGCCACCGCCGCAGCAGCUUGGAGGCGGCAACCCAUUCAUGAUGUUCCUGUGCUUAUCGAUACUCACGCAGCACCGCGACGUCAUCAUGCGCAAGGGCAUGGACUACAACGAACUGGCCGUGCAUUUCGAUAAGCUAGUGCGCCAGCACGACUUACAAAGUGUGCUCCACCAGGCCAGGGCCUUCUACUCCGAAUACUUGGGCCUCGGAUGGGACGAACCGUGGGACGUCCACCCACGUGUGUAAACUCCACAAGUUUAUAUUCAACUCUUUAGGUGGCGGCUGGCUAUUCUCACCUGGGUAACCUAACGCGUGAGACCCAUGUAACCAGGACUUAACAUGGACAGUUCACUUCAAUUCUGCUUGCAGCUGAACAGCAUCCAUUCCCAGUUGCUUUAUGCGUGCCACCAUAGUAGUAUGUCUCCGUAGUCCAGCCCAGAUGUGAAACGCUCUCUUCUACAGCGUUGCGCUUUCAUAUUCGUUUGCGUCAAUAUCAUGCUGUUAUAUUUUAGCUUGAUUUUAGUCGAGAAUUGCUAGCGUGCGCGUGCGUUGCCAUCAUUUAGGUUUUGUGGCUUAUCUUUUGAACCAG